AAUGCUCCAGGCAGCACCGAGAAACCUCUUCAGUUCCAGCUUCCGAAACACCGUCUACUUCCGUGAGACUUUGCACUUAGACUCUCGCGAUGAUGACAACUUGAUUUCCCGUAAAAAGAUGGCGGAUCGGCUAACGCAACUACAAGAUGCAGUCAAUUCGCUGGCUGAUCAGUUCUGUAAUGCAAUCGGGGUCCUGCAACAAUGUGCUCCACCUGCCUCUUUCAGUAACAUCCAGACGGCGAUCAACAAGGAUCAGCCUGCGAACCCCACUGAAGAAUAUGCCCAGCUGUUUGCAGCUCUUAUAGCCAGAACAGCCAAAGAUGUGGACGUACUGAUCGACUCUCUGCCCAGUGAGGAGUCCACGGCAGCACUGCAGGUCAGAACAUUCCCAGGCGGCCAGCCUCCGGCAGCUGGAGGAGGAGAACCACGAAGCAGCAGCUCGCCUGGAGGAGGUGGUUUACCGCGGUGACAUGCUGCUGGAGAAGAUCCAGAACGCGCUGGCCGACAUCGCCCAGUCUCAGCUACGCACCCGCAAUGGAGCUCUCAGCCAGCCUUCCCCCGCUGAGUCCUGACCCGCAGCUCUCACGCUGCCAUUAUGGACGGUUAUCAGACGUUUAUUUUUCACAACCGGAAGAUCUGUCAAGUGCCAAAUAUGUCUGGGAGGAAAAACUGGAUUCUCAAAUAUAGUUUAAUGUCAGGAUAAAAGCAUUAUUGAAAAGUCUGGGUAUAAUAUUUUGACGUCGGUUUUGAAUUGUUUUGAUUUAAAAUUCAACUAGAAAACAACAAAGCGAAGAUUUACCCAAGCAACACGAUCCAGAUAAUACCUUCUAGUUUUUAAAAGCGCUCUUCUUUGUGUGGCGUAUGUAAAUGAUAUGUUGUACAUCUGAUUUGUAUUUGUUUCUGGUUACAAUGUAAAUGAAACUGAGCUGUAGUUUUAACCCAUUUACUUUCAGCAUCUUUAUUCCACGGAUCAGAAUGAUGGAUUUUCCUCUAACAUGUGGAGCCAGAAUCAUCCUAUUGGCAAAGCAAGGAGAGGGGUUACUCCUACUGGGCUGCACCAAAUGACGCAGAUCACUGUUUGAAAACAUGUUUAAUGGCGUCUUAUGUUGCUAUAAACCCUGCAUAUUGUACCUGCAAGCUACGCGUGCUAUGUGAACUGUUGCAGCUUCUUGUUAUACCAAUGCUUGGCUUUAUAUGCAGUUCGAUUGCUGCCAUGUUUUAUGACAUCUAACAUCUUUGAGUGUCUGAAUAAAAAUGGACCCCCACAUUA